GUUGCGGCUCCGCUAUAAAAGCCGGGUAGGCAUGACCGCGGCACCCGCGGCGACCUUCUCGGUGCGCGACCCCCGGCUCGGCUCCCGCGCAGGAUGCGGCUGCUGCUGGCGCUCCUGGUCCUCGCCGCCGCCCCGCCCCGGGCCCGCGCAGCAUCACACUGGUGCUACCAGAUUCAACUCAAACCCUCCAACUACACCUGCUUGGGGCCAGAUGAGUGGGAAGGCAGCUGCCAGAACAACCGUCAAUCCCCCGUCAACAUCGUCACAGCCAAGACUCAGCUGGACCCAAACCUGGGGCGCUUCUCCUUCUCUGGCUACGACAGGAAGCACCAGUGGGUCGUGGAAAACAACGGGCAUACAGUGAUGGUGUUGCUGGGAGACGAGGUCUCGAUCGCCGGGGGAGGACUGAGCACGCGGUACCGGGCCAAGCAGCUGCACCUGCACUGGUCCAAGGCGAUGGACCGGGGCUCAGAGCACACCUUCAACGGGGAGCGCUUUGCCAUGGAGGUGCACAUAGUGCAUGAGAAAGAGAAGGGGCCAUCCAGGAACGCGAGCGAAGAUGAGAUCGCGGUGCUGGCCUUCAUGGUGGAGGACGGAUCCAACAAUGUGAACUUCCAGCCCCUGGUGGAGGCGCUGUCUGACAUCCCCAAGCCCAAUAUGAACACCACGAUGAAAAGGAGCAUCAGCCUCUUCGACCUGCUCCCGGAGGAGGAGAGUCUGAGGCACUACUUCCGCUACCUGGGCUCACUCACCACGCCGACCUGCGACGAGAAGGUGGUCUGGACCGUGUUCCAGGAGCCGAUACAGCUCCACAGGGACCAGAUCUUGGCCUUCUCCCAGAAGCUGUUCUAUGACCACGAGCAGAGCGUGAACAUGACGGACAACGUCAGGCCAGUGCAGAGCCUGGGCCGGCGCCAGGUUUUCAGGUCCAGGGCCCCAGGACCGCUGCUGUCCCAGCCGCUGCCCACCCUGCUGGCCCCCGCACUCGCCUGCCUGACGGUGGGCUUCCUCCGGUGACCCUUCCCUCCUGGACACUUGACCUCUGGUCUCAGCCCUUAAGAGGGCUUGGCCUCUGUCCCUCAGGCUUCUCAGGCUGGACUUCGAUGGUGAUUAAAAUAUGGAUCUAUUUUUGGAAAAAACUUU